AUGGCCUUGCUCGGCCACUACAUCAGAUUCAGAAGCGGUACACCGGGGCGCUGCACAGACGUGGCGCUGGAAACAGUGUUGCGUCUCAAGCCGGCAAAGCGCUGGAGUGACAAGAUCGGACAGAACUCUGUGCUGGAGCCUCGCCGUUUCGGCAAGCGGUCGGGGCUUUUCUCGGAGAAGCUAUACGGGCGCGCAGGGCUGAUCAAGUCGGUGGAAGUCUCGCCGGCCGUGAAGGAUGCGGUGCUGAAGUCCUUGAAGAGCAGCUAUGGGGGACUGGACAAAGGAAGCGCGGCGGCGGCGCAGCGGGUGGGCCUCGGCGGCAAGGUCGACAGCUGGGCGUGGCCGGCCAUCGGCGCCGGAAGCGGCACCAGCAGCACCACGGAGCAUAUCCUUGCUUGUCACAUCGGCACAAGGCUCUUCGAGAUCAAGUACUCACACGGCGCGUGCCCGACGUCGGGGGCGGCCGACAUGACAGCCGCCUGCCAUUUGUCCUACUACUGCGCGUACCUGGUGGCGGCCGCGCCGGGGCUGCUGCCGGACAGUCCGGCGUGGACCGACAAGCGGUACAAGGAAGUGGUGAAGGACGUGAAGGCGGCACUGGGAAAGGACGACGACGGCGCCAGCGAGUCGACGGCGCAAAGGUACGAGCAGCUAUGCAAGGAGCUGAGCAAGACCAGCAGGGACGAGGUGCUGCAGCGCGGCGCCGAGCUUGGGAGACGCCUGGUGGAGACGUACGCCGAGGACGAGGCGGCGGCGUGGCGGUUCCUGGCGGAUUUCUGGUCGGAGAUGGUGCUCUUCGUCGCACCGUCGAAGAACGUCAAGGGCCACGUCGAGGCCAUGGGGCGCGGCGGGGAGUUCGUCACGCUCGUGUGGGCGCUGCUCCUGCACGCCGGCGUCACGGACAGGCCUGGAACACGUGACGGUAGUGGAGUCCCUUAA